GCCCCUGCGCGCACAACUCCGGGGCUCCCGAGGCGGCUGGCGGGAGGCCGGGGCGCGCAGGGCUGGAGCAGUGACCCGGGACCCCUGUUCUGGGCACUGGAGGUCAGAAGAGGGUUUGUCGCCGGUCCCUGCCCGCCCGAGCGCGACAAGAGCGGGAGGAGGGAGAGAGGGCUCGCCCGGCGCCCAGCCGCCUCCCCGGCACUAGCUCUCGGGACUUGUAGGUCUGCAAGCUGCUGCUCCUCCCACCCCGGCCCGCCUCCUGGCUCUCUCGCUUGCUCUCUGGAGCUGCCGUACUAGCCGUGCCGUGUGUCCCGGCGAGUGAGGGCCGAGGGGCCCCGGGCCAAAGCUGAGCAGAGGACAGGGGUGUCCUGGGCAGAGCGCAGCCGGCUGGGGAGUGGCCAUGUGUGGCGAGGCCUCGGCGAAGCUUGUCUGCACCAAGUGACCUCGGAUCGUGGACCGCUGCCCUGCCCCCUCCGCUGCCACCUGGGGCGGUGCGGGCCCGGUGCCCCGGAUCGCGCGUAGAGCCGGCGCGAUGCACGUGCGCUCGCUGCGCGCUGCGGCGCCACACAGCUUCGUGGCGCUCUGGGCGCCUCUGUUCUUGCUGCGCUCCGCCCUGGCCGACUUCAGCCUGGACAACGAGGUGCACUCCAGCUUCAUCCACCGGCGCCUCCGCAGCCAGGAGCGGCGGGAGAUGCAGCGGGAGAUUCUGUCCAUCUUGGGCUUGCCCCAUCGCCCGCGCCCGCACCUCCAGGGGAAGCAUAACUCGGCGCCCAUGUUCAUGUUGGACCUGUACAACGCCAUGGCGGUGGAGGAGAGCGGGCCGGACGGCCAGGGCUUUUCCUACCCCUACAAGGCCGUCUUCAGUACUCAGGGUCCCCCUUUGGCCAGCCUGCAGGACAGCCACUUCCUCACCGACGCCGACAUGGUCAUGAGCUUCGUCAACCUAGUGGAACACGACAAAGAAUUCUUCCACCCUCGCUACCACCAUCGGGAGUUCCGAUUUGAUCUUUCCAAGAUCCCUGAGGGGGAGGCGGUGACUGCAGCUGAAUUCAGGAUCUAUAAGGACUACAUCCGGGAGCGAUUUGACAAUGAGACCUUCCAGAUCAGAGUCUACCAGGUGCUCCAGGAGCACUCAGGCAGGGAGUCUGACCUCUUCUUGCUGGACAGCCGCACCCUCUGGGCUUCUGAGGAGGGCUGGCUGGUGUUUGACAUCACGGCCACCAGCAACCACUGGGUGGUCAAUCCUCGGCACAACCUGGGCCUGCAGCUCUCCGUGGAGACCCUGGAUGGGCAGAGCAUCAACCCCAAGUUGGCAGGCCUGAUUGGACGGCAUGGACCCCAGAACAAGCAACCCUUCAUGGUGGCCUUUUUCAAGGCCACAGAGGUCCAUCUACGGAGCAUCCGGUCCACCGGAGGCAAGCAGCGCAGCCAGAAUCGCUCCAAGACGCCAAAGAACCAAGAGGCCCUCAGGAUGGCCAGUGUGGCAGAAAACAGCAGCAGUGACCAGAGGCAGGCCUGCAAGAAACAUGAGCUGUAUGUCAGCUUCCGAGACCUUGGCUGGCAGGACUGGAUCAUCGCUCCUGAAGGCUAUGCUGCCUACUACUGUGAGGGGGAGUGUGCCUUCCCUCUCAACUCCUACAUGAAUGCCACCAACCACGCCAUCGUCCAGACACUGGUUCACUUCAUCAACCCAGACACGGUGCCCAAGCCCUGCUGUGCACCCACCCAGCUCAACGCCAUAUCUGUCCUCUACUUUGACGACAGCUCCAACGUCAUCCUGAAGAAGUACAGGAACAUGGUGGUCCGGGCCUGUGGCUGCCACUAGUCCUCCUGAGAGCCUGGCCCUUUGGGGCCACAUUUUUCCAGAUCCGUGAUGUGUCACCAUCUCAGUCUCUCACUGCCCACCUUGGCGAGGAGCCAACAAACCAACCACCUUUCCCUCACCUCCCUGACUGGAAAAAUGUAAGGCAUUAGAAACCUGAGCGCCCAGUGGCUGGCGAGCACGCCUUCCCACUGGCCCAUUAUGGACAAGAUCCUACAAGCUGCCACAGGAAACAGCUAGCAGGGAAAAUGUCUUCCAAGAAAGAGUCCGUUGGCCACAUGGUCCCUGCAGUGCCCUACGUCUUUGUGUGGUAAUUACAAGCACCCUUCAGCUGCAGCAGGAGGAAGGGCAUAGCCAGGGUGGGCGCAUGCGUCUGUGCUGAAGGAAAAACAAAGCAGAAGUCCCUGUAAUAAAAUGUCACAAUAAAACCCAUGAAUGAAAAUGGUUAGGAUGUUACAGAUGUUUUCCUAACAAUUUACCCCCGUUUCUUGGUUUAUUCUGACUUCAUAAACAGAAGCUGGGGCCCGUGGAAGCUGGAGAGGCCCCUCCUUUCUAUCUGGUUUCCUUCUGAGGCUGCAGCGCCCUGUGUUUACCAGACCUGCCCAGAUCUACCCUGUAGGGAGGGGAAGGAGGAUGUCUGCUCAAAGAGGCCAGUGACUGACGGUCUCAAAGUAGGUGUGUUGGGGUGAAGAUGGAGGGAGGCAUGCACACAUGCAUGCACACGUGAACCAUGCGCAGACUUUGAAAUGGCUCUGCCAGCCCCUCAGCCCCAGUUCCUGCCCCGUGAGAGGAAGUCAGUGAGAAAAUUCAAAGCAAACAAGCACAGAGGGCAGGACAGAGUGUGUAACCCAAUCCUAUGUGAGGAAGCCAGGGGAUACAGGGUCAGGACACUGUCCUCUUCUCUGGCACCUCUCUGGCCGCACACCAGAGCCAGGUCCUGACCUCCACGGCUGCCUCUCCUCACUCUGAAGCCCGGUCAGAAGGCCCUGCGACAGGUUGGUUCCUCGAUCUGAGGGAGACCGCAUAAAUUCAUCUCACGGGUACAGGGCUGUGCUGGCUUAGAAAGUUCCAGAGUGUAACCUCCUCCCCACACUUCCUGCCCCAGAGGGGGGAUGUCUGGUCUGUCAUGGCUCAAACAAGCCCCAGUCUGCCUGGCUCUGUGGUACCCUAGCUAUCCUGCACCAGCUUCCAGCCUCAAAAGCAAAGCUGUGGCGAGGGCUGCCCUGCCUGCCAGUGUUCCCUGGAUCCACAGGAGUGAGGUUAGCCAGGCAGGAUGCCGUUACCUACGGCCCUGCAGCGUCUGCUCUAGAGGAACCAGUUCUCCACAUCGCGUUACUGGGCUUUCUCUUCUGUCCUGUUUUAAGUUUUCUUCUUCAGCAGCUUGGGCUGAAGCUUCCACUCUGCCUGAUCGAUGGGGGAAAGAGCGUUUCUUCUUGUAAUUUGUUUUUUGUGUUGGCAGAUCUGGGGCUUUUUGUGUGACUCCCUCUUGGUACACAUUUUACCACUCAAUAGCCCCAGUCUGCCUCCAGUCAGUGUCUCAUGUACAUUUAAAUGUGUAAAUAGUUGUGACAAGACAAAGAAAUUAUUUAUUUCCAUCUGAAGCUCUUUUCAAAGGCUCCUCCUGGAGAACAAUGGGGCCGCUUUCCUUCAAUCUGUUUGUUUUCUUAUUUAAGACUAUUUAUUAACAGUUGGACCGAUGUACCCAUAGCUGUCGAAUAAAGUGGUCCUUAGUGAAAAUUCUGUAUAAAUAGAGUAAAAAGGGGUUUGACUUUGCAAUAAAAGGAAACAUUUGGUUCUGGUUGUCGGA